AUGAGUUGCUUUAGUGCAAUGAAUACGCCUCUGUUAGGGGAAAUGGAACAAACGAUCUGCAUGCUCGAACGCGGCACAAUUGUAACAAAACUCUAUGGAAAACAACGACGCCCCGAUCGUCGACACUUAAUGCUUAUAAGGGAGACUCGUCAGCUGUUAUGGUCCACUGUCGCAGCACACACGCGCACGGAAUACGAGGGCACGAUCCAGUUGCGGGAGAUACGGGAAAUACGCGUUGGCAAGAACUCCAAAGAGUUCCGACUGCAUGCUGACGACUGUCAGCGUUUCGAGAGUAGCAAAUGCUUUGUGAUCAUGCAUGGAAAUAGUUUCAAACUGAAGAGUUUCUCGGUGGUGGCACUCUCAGAAGUUGAGGCCGACAACUGGGUACGGGGACUGCGUUAUAUGGUUAAGGAUACCGUUAAUUCGCCGUAUCCCCUGCAAAUCGAUCGAUGGCUGCGACGGGAAUAUUAUUCAUUCGAAAAUGUCAACUCACACCUGGCCAAAUCUGACCAGACUGCCCAAGUGACUAUCAAGGAUUUUAAAACAUUCUUGAGCAGCGUUAGCUGUAAAAUGAGCACUAGCAAAUUCAUGGAAUGCUUUACCGACGACAUACGACGAAAGCACGAUUUGAAAUUCGAUGAUUUCUCGCGUCUAUAUCAGAAGCUCUUGCUGCCCGUCUCGUAUGCUACCAUAUUUGGCGGUACGGAGCUCACCUACUCGGAGGACAAAAAAGUCGUCCGGCCUAUGGAGUUCAAACGAUUUCUGGAAACUGAACAACACGAUUAUAGUGCUUCUGAACUGAAUAGUAUAUCGAGCUUUAUGCGCGAUUUUGUUCAGGAUGUGGAGCGCGAUGUACAGGAGCCAUACUUAACCAUCUCAGAGUUUGUCGACUAUCUCUUCUCCAAACAGAAUGAUCUGUGGGACAGCAGAUACGACACAGUCUUCAUGGAUAUGAAUCAACCCCUCUCCUCUUACUGGAUAGCCUCGUCACACAAUACCUACCUAACCGGCGAUCAGUUCUCAAGUGAAUCUUCAUGUGAGGCGUAUGCCCGUGCCUUGCGCAUGGGCUGUCGCUGUAUCGAGCUGGAUUGUUGGAACGGUCCUGAUAAUUUGCCAAAUAUAUUCCAUGGUCAUACAAUGACCUCAAAGAUAAAGUUCAUGGAUGUCAUCAAGACCAUCAAAGAUCACGCGUUCGCAACGUCAGAGUAUCCCGUUAUUCUAUCCAUUGAACAGAACUGUUCCUUGGAACAACAACGGAAUAUGGCACAUGCCUUGAUAGAGGUCUUUGGGGAUAUGUUGCUCACACAGCCCUGCGACCGGAACGAGCUCCAUUUGCCGUCACCCAAUCAGCUGCGUCGCAAAAUAAUUUUAAAGCACAAGAAGCUCCCUCAAUUUGAUGAAAAUGUUAGUUCCAUUAAUUUACCUGCAGUUGGUGUUAGUAACGGAACGAUCGCCUCCUUCAGCCAUCGAUCUUCGCUGGGUGGUGCGACGGAUGACAAUGAGAAUAUGCAAAAAAUCCUAAAAAAGGGGCUGUUAUAUUUUAAAGACCCAGUCGAUAAGUCCUGGAAUCUUUUUCAGUUUGUCCUCACCCAGCAGGAGCUCAUAUACACAUCGGAAAUCAAUGAUUGUCGAAACGGCAAUUCCGAAGAUGAUGAUUUUGGGCUGUCGUCCUGUUCCUUAAAUAACAAUGUACAACAAAAGCAAAAGGAUACUUCGGCCAAUGAUGAACUGCAUUUUGGCGAAAACUGGUUUCACGGCAAAUUGGAAGGUGGCAGACAAGAAGCUGAUCAACUGUUGGAAACAUAUAAACAUCUGGGCGAUGGAACCUUUUUAGUGCGCGAAUCGGCCACGUUUGUUGGGGAUUACAGUCUCUCAUUCUGGCGUCGCAAUCGUCCCAAUCAUUGUCGUAUUAAACUGAAACACGAGAAUGGCUCCAUUAAGUACUAUCUGGUAGAGAAUUUCGUGUUUGAUUCGCUGUACUCGUUAAUCGUGUACUAUCGCAAGAAUAUGCUGCGCAGCUCGGAGUUUUCGAUUAUUCUCAAGGAGCCGGUGCCACAGCCAAAGAAGCACGAGAGCCAGGAGUGGUUUCAUCCAAAUACUACAAAGGAGCAGGCUGAGAUGGGACUGAUUAAACUGGACAUUGGUUCGUUUCUGGUGCGGCCAUCGGUUCAGAGCGUCAAUGCGUUUGUCAUAUCCUUUACGAUAAAUCGCAAAAUCAAACACUGUCGAAUCAUUCAGGAGGGCCGGCUGUAUGCCAUUGAUACGAUGCAGUUCGAGUCUCUGGUAUCCCUAAUUCAUUAUUAUAUGAGGAAUCCAUUAUAUCGCAAUGUGAAGCUCGUACAUCCUGUCUCUCAGGAACUGCUGCGACAAGCCCUAUUGGAGAAUGCCCAGUCGCAGGGCGACCAAAGCAAUAACGAUACCUCUGGCGCCUCCAACUACAUGGGCUCCAAUCUGGAGGAGUAUGUCACAUGUAAGGCCCUAUAUAGCUAUAAAGCCGACAAGCCAGACGAGCUCUCGUUUCCAAAGCACGCGAUCAUAACCAAUGUGCAAAGAAACAACUCCAUGUGGUGGAAAGGUGAUUACGGGGGCAUGAUCCAGCAACAUCUGCCGGCUAACUAUGUCAAGGUCAUUGAUUCUGCCACUGAAGAUUACAACUCGGUGAACGACGAAGGCAAUGAUGGACGCACUGAUUCAAUUGAGAUUUACGGUGCAGUGGCGUCUCUCUUCGAGUCGAAUGAGCCUGGCAUUAUAAUAAAGCUGCAAAUUCAAACGCCAACGAUGCAAAAUCCGUUUAUAAUUGGAUUCGAUAAUCAGGAAACAGCGUAUGAGUGGAUCAAAGCUAUACAGGAUGCGGCACUGAUUGCUAGUCAAUUGGCCACUGAACGCCGUAAAAAGGAGCGCACUGCACGCGUAGCCAAGGAGAUGUCCGAUUUAAUUAUCUAUUUUCGUAGUGUACCAUUUCGGGAUCAUUCGUGGAUAUUCCAAGAGAUGUCUAGCUUUCCUGAAACAAAGGCCGAAAAGCAGUUUAUCCAACAAAAUAUGCCGCUAUUUUUGGCGUAUCAUCGCAAUCAAAUCAGUCGCGUCUAUCCAAAGGGUCAGCGCUUGGACUCAUCCAACUUCAACCCGGUGCCAUUUUGGAACAUUGGCUCCCAAAUGAUUGCACUGAAUUAUCAAACUGGCGACAAGGCCAUGCAGCUCAAUCAGGCUAAAUUUCGAAAUAAUGGUCAAUGCGGUUAUAUAUUGAAGCCAGCAUUCAUGAAGUCUGAAACCUUCAACCCCAAUAAUCCUCUAUCGGACGGUCUCAUUGAAACGAAUGUCAGCAUACGCAUCAUCGCAGCUCGUCAUCUAUUCCGUGGUGGCAAGUCGAAUAAUCCGCAAAUUGUAGUGGAAGUCGUUGGCGCACCUUUUGACAGUGGCGUUAAAUAUCGCAGCAAAGUUAAUGAGAAUGGCUUCAAUCCCAUCUGGAAUGAAUCCUUCAAGUUUACAGUGCACAAUCCACAGUUUGCGUUGCUGCGCUUCGAAGUGCAGGAUGAGGAUAUGUUUGCCGAAACACAUUUCAUAGCUCAGGCUUGUUAUCCUUUGGACUGUGUGCGACAAGGCUAUCGUAGCGUGAUCCUACGCAACAAGUUCAGCGAAGAGUUGGAGCUGUCUUCGCUUUUAGUCAAUAUAGAAAUUAAAACUCGAGCAUCUACUUAAUACAAUCACAUUCCCCACCUCCACGAGAAUUCGUAUGUACAAU